UAAAUCUAGUUGCUCUUGCAGAUAAUUUCAUUUAGCAUCAUGGCAGUAUGUCCAGAACUCAUCUUUAACACAGAUCAUGGAUAUUUGGAGGGUCUUGUUCGUGGGAUGAAAGCUGGGAUCCUGUCACAGACUGACUAUCAAAACCUGGCCCAAUGUGACACACUUGAAGAUCUGAAGCUGCAGCUGCAGAGCACAGACUAUGGUAAACUCCUGUCCUCAGCCGGUCAGGGUCUGUCUGUGUCUCUGAUGGACUCCAAACUCAAGGAAAAUCUCACCACUGAAUUCAGAUGUUUGCGCUCCAAUGCCCUGCCCCAGCUCUCAACCUUCAUGGACUAUAUCACCUACAGUUACAUGAUUGACAAUGUGGUGCUGUUAAUCACUGGGGCACUGAGGAAGAAGGAGGUAUCGGAGCUGUUGCCACGGUGUCACCCGCUGGGUGUCUUUGACCAAAUGGCUGCAGUGGGCAUCGCACGCACUCCCACUGAACUGUACUCUUCCAUCUUGGUCGACUCCCCUUUAGGUCAGUUUUUCCAGGAUGCUGUGACUGACAGCAGUCUGGAUGAGAUGGAGACAGAGAUCCUGAGAAACAAAUUGUAUAAGGCAUAUUUAGAGUCCUUCCAUGCAUUUUGCAAAAGCAUCGGUGGUCCCACUCAAGACGUUAUGUGUCCUGUUCUAGAGUUUGAAGCUGAUAGGAGAGCCUUCAUCAUCACAGUGAACUCCUUUGGAACAGAUCUGAGCAGUGCAGACAGACAUGCACUCUAUCCCACUUGUGGUAAGCUUCACCCUGAGGGGCUGCAGCUCCUGGCCAAAGCAGAGGACCCCAGUCAGGUCAAAUCUGUGGCAGAGUGUUAUCCAGAGUAUAAAGUGGUGUUUGAUGACCCUGAACCUGGAUCUGAUUACAAGACCUUAGAAGACAGAUUCUUCAAGCAGGAGGUGAAGCUGAAUGCACUGGCUUUCCUGCAACAGUUCCACUUCGGAGUAUUUUAUUCUUAUAUCAAACUAAAAGAGCAGGAGAUUCGGAACAUCAUAUGGAUCGCUGAGUGCAUCACACAGAGGCAAAAGUCAAAGAUUAACAGUUAUAUUCCCAUUUUCCAGUGAAAAUACAUGAUGCUUUCACAGUUAUUUUCACAAGAUGCUUUCACAGUUAUUGGCAGAACAUGAACAAGCAGUCCUAAAAAAACAAGUAACAGUAUAGUAUAAUAAUAUGAAAUUGUUUAUUAAGAAUGAUUCAGGCUUAACUUAUUGUUUAUUAAAGGUCCUAUAUUACACAGAAUGGAUUCUUGUGAGCUUCUCCUCAAAAACAUACCUGCACUUGUGUUUUGUUUCAUUCAUACAUGUUUGAGUAAUCCUGGUUUAUUAGUCUGUAGUCUCAAAAGCUCAAAAUGCUCUACUCCACCUUGUGGUGUCAUGAAACUGUAGUUUUGACGUUAACAGCUCCUUUUACGUUUAGUUCAGUAGAGACAGGAAAAUCCAGGGAUGAACUUUUCCAAAUGAUUCUAGCAAACCUGAAUGGAGUUUAAAAACAUAGUGGAGCACUUCCUUUAUUAGUGCGUGACAUCACAAAGUGGAACAGAGUGUUUACUGUUUAAGAGAAGAACUCAGCCUAAAUAUACAGGGUUUGCAUGUUAAACUAAACACAAGAUCAGAAAAUAUGGGCCCUUUAAGAACCACAUUAGCUUCUGCAACAGUGUCAGCUUCUCUUCCUGAGGCUAGUAACUACUUAUUUUAUACUCAUUUUGAGGUUAGGAGUUAGGGUAAUAAUGAAACAAGCCUGAAUCUUUCUUCAUAAACUAUUUCUUCAUUAUUAUUAUAAGUCAUUUGUAAAGGCUAUUCAGUUAAACGUGUCAUUGUUAUUAAGUGUUAUAGAGAUAAUAUAUGCUGGUGAAGAAUCCAGUGGCGUGAAAAAAGAGUCGUGUUUUUGCUAUCACCAAUGUCUAUCCCUGAAAUAACAAAGAAAUCAGUGAACAUGUUUCAGCUAGAGUCACAUAAGACAUAGUUCUGGGAAAAAUGAGCUAAAGGGACUCCACUGGCACAUGGACAGGAACUUACUGAGUUUCAUCCGCUAAUAUGAUAAAAUGUUGUAUAUUUAAGGCUUUUACUACAGUGGAAUGGAACUAGUACUAACUUACUGCCUGCUACUACUACUAUAGCUUUUCUGCUGCAUGCCAUUAGUACUAUAACCUCUAAAACUGAAGUCCACAUCAAUAUUAUCUAUAUGUAACUUGCAUCAUGUAGUGCAGUAAUUUAGGUUGUGGUGAUUCACAUAAAUA